UAUUUGGGGCUUGACCUGGACAGUCGUUGGAGCUUCCGCGCUCAUUUCCGGAACCUGGUCCCUCGCCUUAUGGCAGCCGCCGGCGCACUUAGCUGGCUGCUGCCAAAUGUGAGGGGCCCGGGAGAAGGUUCCCGCCGCUUAUACCUCGGUGUGGUGCGGUCCAUGGCCCUGUACGGGGCCCCCAUCUGGGUGGGGGCCCUAGGUCGGGAAAAUGUGGCCUGUCUUAACAGGCCACACAGGGCCAUGGCCAUCAGGGCCAUUAGAGGCUACCGCACCAUAUCCGGGGAGGCGGCGGGUCUGCUGGCGGGGUCUCCUCCGUGGGACUUGGUAGCGGAGCUCCACGCGUCAGUGGUGGAUUUUGGUGGACUCACCGGGAGCGACAGGGGGCAACUCCUGUUUGCUGUGCCUGCUCCAGGGGAAGCCCUGGAGCAGCCUGUGGAGGCGCUAGCCUCCGUAUUACCCGCCCGACUUAGGUUGGGCGUGUUACUGCUGCCGACGACUUAA